AUGGCACACACUCUUUUGAUCGCCCUCAGCUUCGUGGCCGUUGUUCAAGCGCUACCAUCGUGGAGCAACGCUGAGGUGAAGCAAGGAGCUACUGAUGUGGCCAAAGAAUACGACUACAUUAUAGUUGGCGCCGGAACAGCUGGCACCACGGUAGCUGAUCGUCUAUCCGAGGACGGCAAGCAAACUGUACUCUUGGUCGAAUACGGUCGCCUUGCCCAAGACGAUUCUUUCAUGCCAUUAUAUAACACUCCGGCACCAGAAUUCCUGUACAACCUGACAUCGGUGCCACAAACCAACGUGAACAACCGCACGUUCCCAGUCGCCAAUGGAGCUGUUGUAGGCGGUGGUUCCGCGGUCAAUGGACAUUUUUUCGACCGUGGUAGCGCGGAAGACUACGAUAAUUGGGCCGAAUUUCCUGGUAACGGUGGCUGGGACUGGGAGGGUCUCUGUCCCUACUUCAAGAAAGGUUCUGUUCUUACACCACCAACACCAGCCAUGAAGGAAUGGGGCAUCACGUACAAUCCUGCCGCGUAUGCUGAAAAUGGUUCCGUAGUUAGUGCUUACCCUGAUUUUCGAUAUGCCACCCAGAAAGAUCAUUGGAAAGCCUGGGCCGAGAAGGAGAAUGUUCCAGUCCAGACAGAACACGCGGAUGGGCACGCCUAUGGGUUGUUCUGUAUUCCAACGUCCAUGGACCCCGCGAGGCAAUACAACCGAAGCUUCGCUGGUCUGAGUCACUACAUCGAAGUUCAACCGCGAAAGAAUUACCAUUUAUUGACUCUACAUCGUGUUACAAAGGUGAACUUCUCCGGCUCGGAGAAGGACGAAAAGAAGCAUGCGGUCAGCGUCGAGGUUAGAGGUCGGUAUAGCUCGACGGUAUUCACAGUCAAAGGAAAACGUGAGAUCAUUCUUUCCACAUCUGCUGCCCGCACUCCACUGCUUCUCCAGUACUCUGGCAUUGGUCCGAAAAAUGUUCUGGAUACCGCCAAAGUCAAAACUCUGAUCGAUCUUCCUGGUGUAGGAUGGAAUCUACAGGAUCACUCUUUUGCCCUCGGCUUGUACAACCAAACUGGCGACACUUCGUUCCCAAAGCCAACCACGAUUGGAUCAAACGCCACGUACAAGGAGGAAGUAUAUAGCCUUUUCAAGCAAACCAACGGAGGUCCGUAUACAGCUUGGAUCACAAGCAGUGGCGCCUUUCUACCUCCUGCAACCUUUGUUGGCGAAGCAUUCGACGCGAUGGUCGAGGAGCUUGCCAAACAGAAGCCUGAGGAUUUCAUUCCCAACGACACCCCAAAGGAAUUGGUUUGGGGCUACCAGAAACAAAAGGAGAUUCUACUUGCGUCCUUCAAGUCCAAGAUCAAUGCUUGGCUUGAACACCCUAUUUCUGGUAAGGGCUGGGGCAUGUGCAUUUUGCUCAAGCCUUUCUCUCGCGGCUACGUCAAGAUCAACCCCGCCGAUCCACUCGGCGAUCCAAUCUUCGACUACCGCCUCUGGUCCAACCCUAUCGAUAAGAAGAUGCACGUUCGCAUGCAAACAUACAUUCGAAAGCACUUUCUUGAAUCGAAAGCUUUCAAAGACCUUGACAUCGUCGAGCAAGAUCCGAUUCCUGGUGCGGUUACAGACGACGCGGGCUGGGAGGACUGGCUACUUAAUCAGAAUAAGCUCGUGGCAUCAAAUGGACAUAGUGUUGGCACCGCUGCUAUGAUGCCUCGCGAGCUAGGGGGUGUGGUAGACGGUCAGCUGAGAGUGUAUGGAACGCGGGGUCUCAGCAUCGCUGAUACUAGCAUCAUCCCUUUGAUACCCGGAACUCAUACGCAGACAACUGCGUACGCGAUUGGUAAGAAGGCUGCAGAUCUGAUUAAGGCCAGGCAUUUGUAA